GAUGCAUGUUCAAAGUCACCAUAUUCAAAUGUAUUCCUUUAAUCUCGGAAAGGAGAGAGGUGGUAGAGCUUCAUAAGUGUGUGGGAAUGACCUGUGUAACUCAGUAAACUGAAGUCACAUUCUAAAAUUCUGAUGUCCUUGACAGAAAUACAAAAUCGCAGCUAUGCUAUCUCUAAUGACUGUUGAAUCUGAAAUGUAUUCUAAGAUUUUUCUUGUUUUAAGGGUAGAUAUAACUUCAAGUAGCUGUUUCCCAUGGCAUGUUUACUGUCUGUUUCCCCGACAUUACCAUUCUCCUGUGGCACUACCAUUGAUGAGUGUAAUUUACCUGUCAGUGUCUCUAAAGAGUAGCUCUGAACAAGAUUAAAUGACGUAAUGCAAUCAUGGCCAACCUGUAGCUCUUCAGUGCAGCUUUUACAGUAUUGAUGUCUAUGCCAGUGCUGAAUUACGGCAUCAUUGAGACUGGUAUCUCCCCCAAAGAAGCCUUUACCAGAGGCAUGGCUAACUUGUUCUAGAAAUUUUGCAAUUUGACACUGAGCCUCUUAUAAGCUUACUAAAGGUUCAUAAUAUAUUGUGGCGAACCAGGGCCUGUCCUGAUGCUAGUCAAAUAUUAAUAAAUAUGCUGCUUGUUUUCUAGUGUACUUUUAACAUUCUAUUGAAAAAAAUACUUACUGAAAUAAGAACGUGGAGCACUAAGGUCAAUUCCUGACACUUCAGAACAAGAGUUUUAUGACAGUGGCAUCUUGAAGCAAUAGAGGAGGAAUUUAGUAGCAGAUAUGUCAAGCAAAGAAUAAAAAGAAACAGCCUCUUUGAUAUGGAAUAGGAAAUUCAUGUGAAAGACCUUAUGAAUAGUCAUUAGUCAUUAAUUCUUUUUUACAGGGGAGAUGAGAAAAUAAUAGCUGCAGAAAUAAUUUAUCGUUGACAGUUCAGUAUGUUGCUUUAUGAAGAUCAAUAGUAUCUGUGUUAAAUUAAACUGUGUAUAUUAAUACAUUAGCCAGGUGAGUAAUAUUGUUUCCUUUAGGAAAAAAACCACCACCCUGACUCUUUAGAAAACUAAAGUUUUUUAAUCCAAAAUUUGAGUUAAAGUCCGAGGGAAGGGUGGGUUAUUGACAAGAAAGAAGACUGAAAGGGUCAGGAAAAAUAGUAAAAGUAAUUUGAAUGGAUUUAAAGUUUAAAAUGCUCUGGACUACAGAUAAUCUGUUUGACAAAAAUCUAACACCUUGAGAUGGAUUGUGAGCUGUAGAAAAGGAACCUUGUAAUUUGAUGUCAAGUGAUAUGAAAUCUGUUAAUGAAAAGUUUUAAAUGAAGUAGUAUAAGCACCUAUGGCAUAAAAUCCUUUUCCCUGAUAGUAGCUAAAGGUAUAGUUUCACAAUCCAGUUGGGUAAGAUAAGCAGCGUCAUUUUUGUUUUCUUUCCUUCCCCCAUCUGUGCUAUUUUGUUGGCAUUGAUGCUAUGAUACUCAUUCAGCUGAAUCAGCUCUCUGACAAGCUGCAGCCAAAAUCCUUCUGUUUGGACUCUGAACUAUGACAUCAUGGCAAGAUUUCGCAGAAGAACAUGCAUCAUUUUGUUGCUGUUUAUUUUGUUUAUUUGCUCCAUAAUGAUGGCUUUGAAGACUCUAAGACCUGACAGAGCUGGCUUUGGGGAUCCAUUUGGACUUGGUUUGUUGCCUGAGCUUCAACAACGGGCAGUGCUCUUAGACAAUAAACAGAACUCACUAAAUAGGGUUCAAGGAGAUACUGUAACGCGUGUCAGUAACUUGCAUGGUGUCGCAGUCAAUACUAUGAAAGCAUCUAUGCCUUCUGUAAACAAGCUGGAAGAAGAGCUGUCUUCUCCUAAUUACAACUUUCAUAUAUUCUACUAUAGCUGGUUUGGGAAUCCACAGUUUGAUGGUAAAUAUGUUCACUGGAACCAUCCAUUGUUGCCACAUUGGGAUCCCAAAAUUGCAAACAAUUAUCCAAAGGGAAGGCAUAAUCCUCCUGAUGACAUUGGGUCCAACUUUUAUCCUGAACUCGGAUCAUACAGUUCCAAAGACCCUUCUGUCAUAGAAGCCCACAUGAAACAAAUGCGUUCAGCUUCAACUGGUGUAAUAGCACUUUCAUGGUACCCACCAGGUAUGGCUGAUGAAAAUGGAGAACCAACUGAUGAUUUGGUGCCUGUUAUUCUGGAUUAUGCACACAAAUAUAAUCUAAAGAUCACUUUUCAUAUUGAACCCUACAAAGAUAGAGAUGAUCGCAGUAUGUACCACAAUGUCAAAUACAUCAUUGACAAAUAUGGAGGCCAUCCAGCCUUUUACAGGCAUAAGACCAGCACAGGCAGAUUUCUUCCCAUGUUUUAUGUUUAUGAUUCUUAUGUAACAAUUCCUGAAAUAUGGGCAAAUCUAUUAACUGUUUCUGGAUCCCAGACUAUUCGAAAUACCCCAUAUGAUGCAUUAUUCAUUGCACUUCUUGUAGAAGAAAGACAUAAGCAUGACAUUCACAGAAGUGGCUUUGAUGGGAUGUACACGUACUUUGCCACCAAUGGCUUCUCCUAUGGCUCCUCUCAUCAUAACUGGGCAAGUUUAAAAGCCUUUUGUGAUAGUAACAACUUAAUGUUUAUUCCAAGUGUGGGGCCAGGGUAUAUUGAUACAAGUAUCCGACCGUGGAACAACCACAACACCCGUAAUCGUGUCAAUGGGAAGUAUUAUGAGACUGCCUUCAGUGCAGCCCUUUUGGUGCGACCAGAAAUUAUUUCUAUUACAUCUUUUAAUGAAUGGCAUGAGGGAACUCAGAUAGAAAAAGCUGUCCCCAAACGGACUGAACAGGUGGUUUACCUUGAUUAUAAACCACAUAAACCAAAUGUUUACCUAGAGCUUACUCAGAAGUGGUCUGAGAAGUACAGAAAAGAACAAGAACAGUGGCUUAUGUAAGAUAUUGCUGCAGUUGUUUCCUAAUGCAUUAAACGUUGAGAAAGACAUUGAGAGCUGAAAAAUCUGUCAUUAAAUGUCUUUAUUAUAGAUCCAUUCAAAGUAUUGUAUCUCUUGAAUGUAUAUGCACUACUACUGAAUUUGAAUUUUGAAGAGUAAAAAGAUGAUGGGAAUAUUGACAUUUCUGUCUUAUUGGAUAUUAUAGCUCAAGAAUAUUCAGGGAAAAUGCUGGAGUUUUGUUUGAUUGGGUUUUUUUGAACUUCAUAAUUUGCAUGCUGACUUUCUGGAACAUCUGCAUGGGAUAACUCUACAUGACCAAAGUAGAAUAAAAAGUGGGCAUAGUUAUACUUACUUCCUUUAUUCUUGUAGUUGUGCUUCUAAUGGAAGUGUUGCUGUAGUCUAAAUUUUUAUUCUGAUAGCUUCUUGCAGGUUGCAUGUCUGUAGUGUGUGGAACAAUCUACAUCUACUUAUUUUAAAGCUUUGCACACAGGGAGUUCUUGAUACGUGAUUAGCUUGUGGUAAAAAACACUGAAAACGUGAUGCAAUGCUAUUGGAUUUUGUCUAAAAAAAAAAAAAAUAGAAAAGUAUUUGAAAGAUUGAGUUCCAAAGAAUUCCUGAAAUAUUUGUAGCUUGCUUCCAUUUCUUCUGUUUGGUAUGUGGUGCACACUUGCCGUUUACUGGAUGCUAAGUAACGUAUUCUUUUCUGUGUUACUUCAACUUUUAAAAAAAGAUUGUUUGAAACUGAGAGUAGAAAAGAUUUUCUUGAGAGGGGAAAAAACCCCAUAAACAUGCAAAAAAUAAGCUAAAACUUUGAUUGCUUUAUGUUGUCUGCUGAGUCACUGCAGACACAGAUCCAGUGUGGGUUUUAAAAUAUUAGAAGAUUCUAAUGGUAGUAUGUUACUAGCCCUACAAUAAAUAGAAUUUUAGGAAAUGCUUUCUCAUCUAUGAUAUAGGAGCUACCUAGUUUGGUAGCAAUGACAACAACUGCCCAUUAGUUUAAUUGAAAUCUGGGAUUUCUGUUUUUCAUAUAAUUUGUUUAGUUUUUCCAGGGUUCACAGAGUCAAUAUUAAAAUCUUGUUACUGUCCAGAUAAGCUUCUUACCAAUGCUGCUUUUAAGGCUGUGGUGUGGCUGCAAAUGAGACCUAGGAAUAUCAUCUUUCAAGUGUUAUGAUUGUUAACUGUUUUUCUUACUGAAGCUUGAAAAGAUCAAGUGGUUGUGUCUCUUCAGAUACGCUUCUUUUGGCAUUUUCAUACAACUUCAUAGAAAAGUCCUGGACUUUGGAGUAGUAGAAAUUUUUGUUCUUUUGCAGCGAGUGUUUAACUUGUGGCAAAGUGGCUUUUUUUUAAUUGUUUUUUAAAUUUAUAUAGAAGGUGCUGAUCCUGUGUUUUAGUUCAUAUGCUGGAGCUGUUGUGACCACUAGAAUUCUGUUUAGUUCAGCAGGACCUAUGGAAAUUACACACUUCACUCAGUUACUCACAGUAAUAUGUCUAUAAAGUUUUAAGGUGAAUGUGAGAACUUUGGUUAAAAAAAGAAAACAAACCAAAAAAGAAAAUGGUAUGUUUUUUUCCCGAAACUUUUGUCAUUCCAAAUAAACAUAAACCAGUUUCUACUAAGACUUUCUACAGUCUUUCUAGUAUUAAAAAGGUUUGUUUGUGUACCUUUUACUUAUUUACUGUUCAGUUGUCUUGUUGUUUCUCUGCAUCUGUUAAAGAUAGAAGUUGUUGUAUAAUGACCUCAGUUGCUCAGAAAAAAAAAAAAAUUGGAUGACAGAAAUAUAACCUGGUAUGUUGAAGUGUGCCUCUAGAGUUAUUGGAAUAUUAUUAAUCUUUCUUCAUAAUUUUUUUGCAUUUUCCGACUGCAUUUCUGUAAACUCCAAAGUGCUUCCAAAAUAACUGUUUACUAACGCUUAUUUUGUUAUGCUCAGGUGGAGAAACUGAAGGAGAUAUAGACGUGACUAUAGUCACAAAAUAGUGUCUCAGACGUGAAGCACUUGCUAGAUUUUUACCACUUCCAAGUUAACCACUCAUUCCCUUUAUCAAGGAAAUUGGUUUACAUGUUUUUGCUGUAAGUCCCUUAAAUUGCUAUGCAUUUUUUAAUAUAAUUUGUUAUAUAUUUAAGCUUUUACAGCCCAAAGAGCACAUAUGUUUGUUUUAAAUGUAGAUAUGCGCAAUAAAAUAUAUUAUUAAAAAAUCUUCUGAAAUUAAACCUUUUGAAAGGACAAGUCUUUUUGUUUUCUCCUUGCUUAAACUUCUGUCAUCCGCUGGUCUUUUCUCCCUGUAGUUGUCUGAGCUCUUUUCUAGUCUUGACAACCUUGCACUCAGUUUUCAGCUCCCCACUGUCUCCCAGUGACAGUUUGUUAUUCUCCAUGACCAGAAAAGGCACUCUUUUUGUUGCUUUUUAUAGAAACGUUUGCAAUUUAUUGUGGUGUAUUGUGCAACUGAGAUGAUCUAUUCUUAUUUGAAACAUACUUUAUGGUAACAGUGCAAUGGAUAUUCAUUACUUGGAAAGGCUUAUGUAAUUGCUGUAAAGGUAUCAUUUAGCCUUUGAGGAGAAGUGGAAUGGGCCAUGACAUGCUGGUGCAUAGUGGGAUCUUUAAAAGAAUUUUUAAAAGUUUUCUAGAAAAAAAGGAAAUUAAAUGCCUAGAAAUUCAUUGCCCCUAAUCACUUGCUAUAUUUUUUUGUGCUUGAUGUAUUUUAAAAUAUAAAUAUGCAGCCUGAUUAAAAUAUUUCAGAUUUAGGAUUUAAUUUGAUAAUCAUAAGGAGAGCUGAUGGAAUAGCACCUACUAGCACUACCCUACCUGCUUGCCCAGUACUUUUUCUGUACGUAGAGCAAAUCUUAAUGCUGCUUCUUGUUAUGGAGUUUUGCUCGUGGACUGCUGCUGCAGUCAUGAUAGUUUUUGAAAAUUUGAGUGAAGAUAGGUCUGUGGGAGAGGGUUUGUACAAAUGCAAGGGAAUAAGAUUUAAGAGUGCACAGUUAUUAAGGUAAGAGAGGGGGAACAUGAAUGUAUUUAGAAGGUGAUUGCUCCAGGCUUUGCAGUUACAGGAAAAAAAAAGACUCCAAUGUGCAAACAAAAUUGAGAGGGAAGAAUAUUGAGUUUCAGAUCUCAAAUGGCAUUUAGGGAACGUCUGGAUCCUAUUUCACUUUUGCUUCACACCCCUAGUAUUUCUUGGCUAGUUGAGCAAAACGUAUUGUAAUGAUUAUUUUUAAUAUUUUUACACUGAUUAAUUGCAUUUGACUCAUCUUGUUCUAGUAUGUUGUAGUACUCAUAAUGAUAUAGUACGUUUAUAUAGAUUAGGCAAGAAACACUGUGGGAAGUUUUAAUAGAGAUCGUGCCAUGCUAUGCCUCUGCAUAAAAAUACCUGAAGUUAUUGAUCACAUACUACUGACUGACUAUCCGCAGAGGGGAAAUGGUUUCCAAAACGAGUAGCAAGUCUUUGUGGUGAAAGAGAACUUUUUAAAACAAAAUCUAUACAUUCAUUUCUGCUUCUGUCAGUUGUGAUCAAGUAAAUUGUUUCAGUUCUAUGGGCUCUCUCAGAACUGAAGCUUAAUACAUCUUCUCUAAAUAAGAUUUUAUAUUAAAUCUUGUGUAGUAGUGCAUGUUUCUCAGAUCUAUAAACUUGACUGAUUUUUGAGGGAAAGAAUAUGUGCAUAUGCUGUUACAGUUUGAGUGGCAAGCUGUAGAUUAUUGUGAAUGUAGUUUCUGUACCGAUGUUCCUUAUCUUUGUCUAGUGCCUUUUGAGGUGCCAGUAAUUUGUCUCUCAAGGGGUGUUCAAGCAGAAGUGUCUUUAGUGAACUCGUUUUAGUUAUGAAACAUAGAAUGUUUACACUGUGCAUAGUUUGAAUUAAUAUGUUUUACACAUGGUUGUUGGGUUCUCUCGGAAACGUUUCCCAGGGUUUUUAGCACUGUGUUGCUAGUAGGAGAUUGUAUCUCUGGGCACACGGACAAGGAUAUACUGUGAUUUAGGGCAGUCUUUCGUGAAGCUUGUGUACCUAAAAAGAAUAAAUGAAGUAUUUACAGACAUUAUUUACUACUUAAUGUGAGCUGAAAAUCUCUCUCCCAGUCUUAAGAUGUCUUACAGGUAUUGGUCCUCUUCUUUCCACUUGCUUAGGAUAGUACCAAUAUUUCAUUUGUUUCUUUCAUAUUUACUUUUGACCAGCAUGUUAAAUGUUGCAUAAACUUAUAAAGUGAUUGUAUUUCUAAGACUUCAUAGUUGUAAUGUUCAAUAAAGACAUCUACAAGAUUAUUGGCACUGCAGAAAAGCCUGAUACGAAUUUGAUAUUGUAUAGGUAUGAAUUUGUUGUGAGUGAAUAGUAUAUCUUUGCUAUGUAUUGAACAUUAUUAAAAAAUACAUUUCUUUUAAUACCUUCUGGCUGUGUCAGAGAUGCAUUUGAUUACAUGCAUAUAUAGAAACAAGUUUGUGCGUAUAUCUAUUUAUAUAUAUUAUAUAUGUGCAUAUAACUGAAGUGAUUAUUUUUAAAGUACUAUAUCAUUGUAUUAAAAUAACAGGCUGGAUUCUGCUGCUUUUAAGUAAGCAAUGUUUUUAAUUCCCUAUGAUGUUUACAGAACUCCUAGCUGCUUAUGUAUGAAUAUUUUCAAGAACAAUAAAUACAUGCAAAAAAGUAUGAUUUAAAUGGAAUGUGUGAUAAUAUUUUUUUAAUAGUAUGAGUUUAGAAAGUGAAUUUUAACUUUUCUACUACAAUGUGUGUAGGAUUUAAUUAGACUGAAAAUAAAAGGCUCACCGCAAUGUUUUUAAAUAGACAAUACUCCUGAAGUUUUAGGCCUGUUUUUAAUUACAUCUUAGUAGGCUGCUAAAUGAGUUCACUAGUACAUAACAUUGCAGGUAUCUCUGAGUCCCAAGGUACGACUCUACAAAGUAAAACUGAAGUUUACAGUUUAUACAGAAGCUUGAGGGAUGGCUGCACAAAUAAGUAGCCCUGCAGGAGAGUGGUUUACAAUUGAAUACUACAAUGGAGUCAAAGAAGUAUUUGUGGCAUUCUAACAUAUAUUGUGCUGUUCAGGUAUAAAAACUCUAGAAGGCAGGGGCUGCCCUGAAGUAUCACAGAAAUGUGAAAUUACCUUCUUGGUAUUUGAAAUAUUUCUUAUUAUUCCCAGCAAACUUAACUACACUGGUGAGAAAGCAAUUAAAGAUAAUCACACACAUAGACAUUACUUUGUAUUUCUGUACAUGACUCAAAAGUAUUUUAAAAUGUGUGAAUUUCAUGGUUUCAUACUUCCUUUGUGUAUCACAUUAUAAAUGAAUUCCCUGUAGUUGAGGUAGAAUAUUUUGCUCCAUGAUGCAAAUGAUUUCCUGAAAAUUUCCUGUCUCAGGAAAUGCAAAAGGUAAUCAACAUAAGGUCUACUUGAGAUUUCAACUUAUGUAUGUACCUGUAACUAACACAGAAGACUGUGAAGUACUUCUGCAUUUUAGUAGAUAAAAUAUCUCCUAGGGUAUUUCUUGUCACUUCAUCGGAACUUGGUAGAAAGAAAA